AUGGUUGGGUCGACAUCUUUUGUCAAGGCUUUGCCCUUUCUGGCGGCCUAUGUUGUUGCUAGUGUCAACUAUCCCACGAUUCCCAGCGACUUGACCACUCCCUUCCAGCAGCGUCUCGCUGUCUAUGGGCCCAAUGCCGUCUCCGUGGGUUGGAACACUUAUGAGCAGCUCAACCAGAGCUGCGUGGUCUACGGCACCUCCGCCGACAGCCUGACCUUGAGCGCCUGCUCCACCACGUCCAGCACCUAUGCGACCUCGCGGACAUGGUCAAACUAUGCAGUUCUGACCGGCCUGACUCCCGCCACGACUUACUACUACAAGAUCGUGUCAGGAAACUCCAGCGUGGAUCACUUGUUAAGCCCCCGUACUCCUGGUGACAAGACCGCUUUCAGCAUGGACGUGGUUAUCGACCUGGGUGUGUAUGGCAAGGAUGGAUAUACCACCUCCAAGAGAGACACUGCCCCCGUGAUUGAGCCCGAGCUGAACCACACUACCAUCGGCGCUCUUGCACGGACCGUCGACGACUACGAGAUUGUCAUCCACCCCGGUGACUUUGCCUACGCGGAUGACUGGUACCUUAAGUUCUCCAACCUCCUUGACGGCAAGGAAGCCUACCAGGCCAUCCUCGAGCAGUUCUACGACCAACUUGCCCCCGUUGCUGGCCGCAAGCUUUACAUGGCUAGUCCUGGAAACCACGAGGCCGACUGCUCUGAGAUCCCCUACCUACUAGACCUAUGCCCGGAGGGUCAGAAGAACUUCACCGACUUUAUGCACCGAUUCGAGAACACUAUGCCUAAGCCAUUCGCCUCGUCCUCAUCCAACACCACGGCGCAAUCCCUCGCCGCACAGGCCCGCAGCCUCGCCAACCCUCCCUUCUGGUACUCCUUCGAAUAUGGCAUGGCCCACAUCGUCAUGAUCAACACCGAGACCGACUUCCCGGACGCCCCCGAUGGAACCGACGGCUCUGCUAAGUUGAACAGCGGACCCUUCGGCAAGACCAACCAGCAGACCGACUUCCUCAAGGCGGAUCUUGCUUCUGUCGAUCGCACCGUGACCCCCUGGGUCAUCGUCGCCGGGCACCGACCCUGGUACAGCACCGGUACUAACAACGACUGCUCCUCGUGCCAGGCUGCAUUCGAGGAUAUCUUCUACAAGUACGGUGUCGAUCUGGGUGUUUUCGGACACGUGCAUAACUCGCAGCGCUUCGCGCCUGUGUACAACGGCACCGCCGAUGCCAACGGAAUGAACGACCCUAAGGCCCCGAUGUACAUUGUUGCUGGUGGUGCUGGUAACAUCGAGGGUGUUGAUACCCCUGGUGUCGAGCCUUCCUACACCGAGUUUGCCUAUGGAUCCGAUUACAGCUAUGCUACCAUUCGAUUCGUGGAUGAACAGAACCUCCAGGUUGAUUUCUAUCAGUCCUCGACUGGUACUCUUCUGGACUCGAGCACUCUGUACAAGAGCCACGCUUCGCAGUUUGUCCAGCAGUAG